UCAACUUUGUACAGACUUCUCGACGUUUCAUGAAUCAAACAGAAAACUGGAAGAGACAUGACAAAUUGGAAGUGCUAGAAACCUCCAAUGCCUUCCAUAUUAAACCACUCUUCCACUCUAUACUUAGCUCAAACGAUCGACGCACUCCAAUCACAAAACAGUCCAGUCCAAUCCAGUCCUGCGUAGCAAACAGACCCUAAUCGAGCAAUUUCACCUAAGAACAUGUCACCUGCUCUCUCCCUCUCCGUCUCCCUCUCCCUCUCUCCACUCUGCAAAUCCCAGGACAAUUCAAAGGACACCCACCUCCCCAAAAACCCUAACAAACAGAACCCAUGUCACAAAACUCCCUCAAACUUCAAAUCUACCAGAAGGUCGUUGUUAAAUUCCACUUCACUGGGACUGACCCUGUUAGGAGCUGCAGGACCCCUCUCUGUUUCUAACCCUGCAAAAGCGGAGCCAGAGCCAGAGAGCCCGGCUGCGUCGACUUCGAGCAGAAUGUCAUACUCCAGGUUCUUGGAAUACUUGGACCAAGACGCUGUGAAGAAGGUGGACUUAUUUGAGAACGGCACCGUCGCGAUCGCCGAGAUUUUUAAUCCGGCGUUGGAAAAAGUCCAGAGGGUUAAGAUUCAGUUGCCUGGACUGCCACCGGAACUGCUGAGGAAAAUGAGAGAGAAGAACGUAGAUUUUGCAGCUCAUCCAAUGGAGGUUAAUUGGUUGCCAGCAGUGCUGGAUUUGUUGGGAAAUUUUGCUUUUCCUUUGAUCCUGCUCGGGACAUUGCUGUUGAGGAGUAGUUCUUCAAACGUGCCAGGAGGCCCCAACUUGCCUUUUGGACUUGGAAGGAGCACAGCCAAAUUUCAGAUGGAGCCCAAUACAGGGGUGACAUUUGAUGAUGUGGCCGGAGUCGAUGAAGCAAAGCAAGAUUUCCAAGAGAUUGUUGAAUUCCUGAAAACCCCAGAAAAGUUUUCUGCAGUUGGAGCAAGAAUUCCCAAAGGGGUACUUCUUGUGGGGCCGCCGGGGACCGGAAAGACACUGCUGGCCAAGGCCAUUGCAGGUGAAGCGGGGGUGCCUUUCUUCUCUCUGUCAGGGUCAGAGUUCAUUGAGAUGUUUGUGGGAGUAGGAGCUUCUAGGGUUAGAGAUUUGUUCAACAAGGCGAAGGCGAAUUCUCCGUGCCUGGUUUUCAUUGACGAGAUAGAUGCUGUGGGGAGGCAGAGAGGCACAGGAAUCGGCGGCGGAAAUGAUGAGAGGGAGCAAACCCUGAAUCAGCUGCUCACUGAAAUGGAUGGGUUUAGUGGGAACAGUGGAGUGAUUGUCAUCGCCGCCACAAACCGCCCUGAAAUUCUUGAUUCUGCUUUGCUUAGGGCUGGCAGAUUCGACAGGCAGGUUAGCGUUGGAUUACCGGAUAUAAGGGGAAGAGAAGAGAUACUAAAGGUUCACAGCAGCAAUAAGAGGCUUGAUAAGGAUGUUUCUCUGAAUGUUAUUGCCAUGAGAACUCCUGGAUUCAGUGGUGCAGACCUUGCAAACCUCAUGAAUGAAGCUGCCAUUCUUGCUGGUAGGAGAGGCAAAAAUCAGAUAACAAUGAAGGAAAUCGAUGACUCGAUUGAUCGAAUUGUGGCGGGGAUGGAAGGCACAAAAAUGACAGAUGGGAAGAGCCAAGUUCUUGUGGCUUACCAUGAAGUUGGCCACGCUAUUUGUGCGACACUGACUCCAGGCCAUGAUCCGGUGCAGAAGGUCUCUUUGAUUCCGCGAGGCCAAGCACGCGGUUUGACAUGGUUCAUACCAGGCGAAGAUCCUACUCUUGUUUCUAAGCAACAACUAUUUGCUAGAAUAGUUGGAGGUCUAGGAGGUAGGGCAGCUGAGGAGGUGAUUUUUGGGGAACCAGAAAUAACAACUGGUGCAGCAGGAGACUUGCAACAAAUCACACAGAUAGCAAGACAGAUGGUGACAACGUUUGGGAUGUCGGAGAUUGGACCCUGGGCGCUGACAGAUCCGGCAACACAAAACAGCGAUGUCGUGCUAAGGAUGCUGGCAAGAAACAGCAUGUCUGAGAAGCUGGCGGAGGACAUUGAUUUGUCAGUGAGACGGAUAAUUGAAAGUGCAUAUGAGAUGGCUAAGAAGCAUGUGCGGAACAACAGGGAGGCCAUCGAUAAGUUAGUAGAUGUGCUUUUGGAAAAGGAGAUUCUCACAGGAGAUGAAUUCAGAGCAAUUCUGUCUGAAUUCACAGAUACUUCUGUGGCAAAGUUGGAUAGGAAAUCACAAUGUCUCCAUCUCCUCAGCCGGUGCUCCACCUUCAAACACCUCUCUCAGAUCCACGCCCAAAUCCAAGUCUCCGGCUUUCAAAACGACCACUUUCUCCUCACCCAACUCAUCCGCUUCUGCGCCUUGUCUCCCGCCAAAAACUUCGCCUACGCCCGAGCCCUCCUCGAUCACUCUGAGUCUUCGCCGCCCUCUUCAUGGAACUUCCUCAUCCGUGGCUGCGCCUCCAGCGACUCGCCCCGAGAGGCCAUCUGGGUCUUUCGGGCGAUGCUCGCCCGCGGCGUUCGACCCAACCAGCUCACCUUCCCUUUCCUGAUCAAGUCCUGCGCUUCGGCCGCCGCGCUGAAAGAAGGGAGGCAAGUGCAUGUGGGAGUCGUGAAGUGUGGGUUGGACCGUGAUGUUUAUGUUCAGAACAAUCUGGUUCAUUUUUAUGGGGAGUGUAAGAAGAUUAAAGAUGCGCGGAAGGUGUUCGAUGAAAUGUCUGAGAGAAGUGUUGUUUCCUGGAAUGCAGUUAUAACCGCUUGCGUUGAGAAUUUUUGGUUGGAUGAGGGAAUUGAGUACUUUGUGAAGAUGCGGGGUUGUGGGUUUGAGCCGGACGAGACUACAAUGGUGGUCGUGUUGAAUGCGUCCUCGGAGCUGGGGAACUUGAGCAUUGGGAGAUGGGUUCAUUCCCAAUUGAUUGAAAGAGGGUUGGCUUUGAAUUGCCAGUUGGGUACUGCACUCGUGGACAUGUAUGCAAAGUCUGGGAAUUUGGGUUAUGCUAGGAUAGUUUUCAAUAAGAUGGAGGUGCGGAAUGUGUGGACGUGGAGUGCCAUGAUUCUAGGGUUAGCACAGCAUGGGUUUGCCAAGGAAGCCCUUGAAAUUUUCCUGAAGAUGCUGAGCUCAUCAGUACACCCAAAUUACGUCACCUUUCUUGGGGUUCUCUGUGCUUGUAGCCAUGCUGGACUGGUAGAAGAUGGCUACCGAUACUUCAAUGAUAUGGAACACGUACAUGGGAUUAAACCCAUGAUGGUACACUAUGGUGCUAUGGUGGAUAUCUUAGGUCGUGCUGGCCGUCUCAAUGAGGCCUACAGCUUCUUGAGGAGCAUGCCCCUGGACCCCGGUACCAUUGUAUGGAGGACAUUGCUUAGUGCAUGUACUACUCAUAGUGCUGAGGACAAUGAAGGGGUAGGAAACAAAGUAAGAGAGAAGCUGCUUGAAUUAGAGCCGAAGAGGGGUGGGAAUCUUGUGAUGGUCGCAAACAUGUAUGCUGAAGUUGGGAUGUGGGAGAAAGCUGCAAAUUUAAGGAAGGUUAUGAAAGAAAGACGGAUGAAGAAGAUGGCGGGGGAGAGUUGCAUUGAGUUAGGCGGGUCUGUCCAUAAGUUCUUUUCCGGCUAUGAUUCCCAAGCUGGUUACGAGACUAUCUACCAGUUACUAGAUGUAUUGAGCUUGCACAUGAAGUUAGUUAACAUGUAAUCAAAAUCAAUUGUCAAGUAACCUCUUUUAUUCAAAAUUCAUUGUCAGUGAAUUUACUCUGCAA